UACGGGGUGCAAAUCAGACUUAGACUCAAUUCUCUGUGAUUUUGAAUAUCACUGGAUCACCCACGAGGUGCCCUGGAAUAAUGUAUACGUAUGUAUGCAUGAUGAUAUAUCCCCGGAUAAGGACGGAGUGCACCUGUGCAAUAGUCAGAAGACGAGAGAGAGAGAGAGAGAAAAGCAUUGCCACCGCGGGACUUGUGAUCUCCAUCUUCCCUUCCAGGGAUCACGUCUACUACGGUGUACACAAGUCCCCUCCUUCACCCAGAAUUUGGGGGGCACGUAUUGGUCGAAACGCCAUCAGAAAAAGGGUGGAUCGGAAGUCAAUUGACAUCACAGCCAGAGAGAAUGUUCCGUUCUUUCGCAAGAGCCCAAGAAUGGGAAAGGCGCUGGGCAGCCAGCCCAUGGUUAUCCCCAUACUUUCUCCUUCCCCCGCAAUAUUGGGCCCGGGGAAAUUUGCCAGGUACCCUUCACGGAUGGGUAAUAAAUUGGGUCCCAGAGGCAAAAUUGUUAAGAGGAAUCCCGGAAGUGUGAAAUGGAUGGAUGGUAUUAGAGGAGAGAGGAGAGAGAAAAGGGAAUGGAGUGAAUGGGUCCAACUCCACUUGGAGGGGAAGGAGAAUGAUGGAUUCCAAUGAAGCUCGGGAGUGUCAAGGACUAACGAGGAACGAAGAGAGGCUAAGGCAAACUUGAAGGCGACUAAACCAUUUGACCAUUUGACCUUCUUUCUUCACUGCUCACUACUAGACCUACGUACUUACUUGCUAUCUUAUUUUCUAUUUCAAUGCAUGCACUUCCC